UCUACACACCACCACCACCACUCCAUUACCAUUUCCUCUGUACUUUAGAUUCCUUAACGUUGUAAGAAAGAAAACACCACCAAUAUCCGAGGGAAUAACAUGGCGGAUGGUAGUACUAGCUGUACGUCGGAGUCCACCGUCGACGGAAGCUGCAUCAGUAGAGAGAUCAUGCUGUUCGGUGUGAGGGUGGUUCUUGAUCCGAUGAGGAAGAGUGUGAGUUUGAACAACUUGUCAGAGUACGAGCAGACGGAGGAGAUCCCAAAGAUCAUGGCCGAGGAUGAGAAGAACAAAACCUCCUCUGGUUACGUCUCAGCGGACGAGGCUGUUCCGAUAACUUCUAGCCGCGAGAGGAAACGAGGAGUUCCAUGGACAGAGGAAGAGCACAAGCUGUUCUUACUUGGGCUGCAGAAAGUAGGGAAAGGAGAUUGGAAAGGAAUAUCUAAAAACUUUGUCAAGAGCAGGACGUCUACACAAGUAGCUAGUCACGCUCAGAAGUACUUCCUCCGGCGAAGUAAUCUCAACCGUCGCCGGCGAAGAUCUAGCCUUUUCGACAUGACAACUGACACGGUCAUGCCCAUGAAAGAAGAUCAAGUGCUUGUACAGGAGAACACACCACAACAGGAAGUCAACAACUUCUCUGUACACCCGGUUAUGCAAGUGUUUCCAAUAUCUAGUGAUAAUGCAUCAGGGACUCAAUCUUAUGGACAUCUUUCUUCCUCUAACCUAAUCAACUUGGUCCCAUAUACUUUUCAAGCAAGACCUGAACCGAUCUCACUCAGCCUCACACUAGCCUCAUCUAAUCUCAACGAGCUUUCUUCCUCAAGGCACUCAGCAUUCAACACGAUUGGAGUCGCUUAGAGAAACCCCUCCCAGAAGGUUGAAUCUGUAACACACCUUGUUUGUUUCUCUGUUGUACAGAUAGGUCUUGAGAUUUUCUAUGUAUUUGGCUGAAGAGACCUGUGUCAAAAGAAGAAUAAUAGACAGAGAAGUUUGGUUUUUUAGGGUUUCAUCAUCAUCUUUUGUUUUUUUUUCCUUCCAUGCUUGGGAGUUAUUGUAAUACUACUUAUCUGGUCAUUCGUGUGGAUCUAUAUCAAAACUAUAUUAACGUUAUGUUUCA